CGUUGGUAGAUAAAAAAGCCAAAAACGAUGACGACUUUCUGUACCUUAUGCUUGGAUGUCCGUCCAAAUCGCGUGUGACAUGAUGCAGGGCAUGGACUGCCGUCAAUUCCGAACUUGUUUGGGCGACUAUAUAUUGAUUCUCGAGGUAUGGCGAAAGAUAACAAUCGAUGUCAUCGCACAGGACGGCAGGAACCGCUGUGACGCGCUGUUGGGCAUUAGACUCUAUAACCGCCGUUUCCCCAUAAGGUAUUGAGUUCUCGCGACGUCCCGACAUGGAAAUCUGACUCUCUUCCAUCCCCACGCUUACCCACUAUCAUGACAUUUGUAUCUCCUCCCGCCCAUUGAAUACUCAAUCAUUGCCGAAGUUGCGAUAAAGAAAGGAAAGGCUACCAUGGCUGACGACCCUCAACGUCAUUCCCUCGCAGCGAUGCUUAGAAAGGGCAAGCAGCGCCUAUUCAGUACCACGUCCACCUCUUCAGAUUCACAAGCCCCAGCACCCUCAUCACAUCAAUCAUCAUCUACCACGCAGACGCCACCAGACGGCGGCGACACACAGCAAGUCACAAAGCAACAGGCGCGACGCGCCCAGGUCCGAUCGGCACAGCUCAGACACCGACAGCGCAAGGCAGAUCACCAGAAGGAGCUCGAACUCGAUGUCAGCCGUUAUCGAGGUCUGAUCGCCAGUGCGCGGGACGACGCGGAGGCUUUGCGCAAGGAAAAUGAAGCGAUGAUGACAGCGCUCCGUGAGCUGGGCGUGUGCAGCACACAGCAGGAUGGCAACGGGAACGCAGCGCCUGAAUUGUUCAGCGGUGUCCAUGUCGACGAUGUGGCAGUGUGUCUGAAAUAUGACGAGAGCCUCGACUCGGCCUGCUUCACAAUCAGCAGCACACCGCCGAGCCUGGUGACAGCAUCGACUGCAGCGACAAGCACCGUGAGCAAUGAAUCAAUGACGAGGCAACAAGAGGACGCGGCUAUCAACUUCGUACUCGCCUUGGAGCACGUGUGCUGGGAUCACUACACGAUGGGCGACUUUGCCCACCAUGCGCAGCCAACGCUCACUGGUGACGAGGAUGACAAGAACCAGGGGCAUCAUCUCAUGGCCACCGCGCUCUGCAUGGAGGAUGCCCCCGAGGAAGUGUACGGUUCGAGAACAGCGUUUUCUUCCAAUCACCACCAUCCGUCGAUACCAUUCCUGUCACGGCGACCGGUGGCGCCCUCACCUCCGCCAGAGCUCCGUUGGGAGGCAUCUGGCAUCACGCUGUCCAAUCUGCGAGGCUUAGCCGCGUCGCUGAACCCAGGACCGGAGGAGGUGACACCAGUGCAGGCGUGGUUCGAGCUGGCCGAGCGGUACUCGCCGGUAACGUUGGUGGAGAGCGGCAUGUUGCAAGCUCUUCAGUUACAACUCAAGGGUGUAGUCCGUUGUGUAAGCUUUGGCGCAGCCAUGGAGAGGGCGGCUUUCGAAAGUGUGGUCGAGCGCGUACUGCAGCAACAUCAAAUACAGUGAACACGCUUAACUCUUAUAUUGUCAUUGGUGAGUAAGUCUACCUGCACAU